GCUGCGGCUCAGCUGAUAAUUGAAGGGACCCGAAGAGCCGCCGCCGCCGCCGCCGGGGGGGGUGGGGGGAGCGAGUGGAAGUUACUGCCGCGCCACCGAGUCCGGACCGGAGACUUUGGGGCCCAACUAGUGAAUGGUAGUGUCUAGAAAGGGUAUGUCCCUUCAAGAGAGAGGUGCCAAUGUCCAACCAGCCUAAUAACAAUCCAGGGGGGUCACUGCGACGUUCACAGAGGAACACUGCCGGGGCCCAACCACAAGACGACUCGAUAGGAGGAAGGUCACAUUUAGGGCAGGCAAAACAUAAGGGAUAUAGCCCUCCUGAGAGUAGAAAAUCUAAUUCUAAGGCACCCAAAGUGCAGUCUAAUACUACUUCUGAACUGUCAAGGGGACACCUUUCUAAAAGAAGCUGCAGUUCAUCAUCUGCUGUCAUAGUCCCACAACCACAGGAUCCAGACAGAGCCAAUACUUCAGAAAGGCAAAAAACGGGGCAGGUGCCUAAGAAAGACAAUUCUCAAGGAGUGAAACGCAGUGCUAGUCCAGACUACAACAGGACCAAUUCUCCUAGCUCUGCAAAAAAACCAAAAGCACUUCAGCAUACUGAAUCUCCCUCAGAAACGAAUAAGCCACAUAGUAAGUCAAAGAAGAGACCUUUAGACCAGGAGCAACAACUGAAAUCUGCACAAUCGCCAUCAACAAGCAAGGCUCAUACCAGAAGGAGUGGGGCCACUGGUAGUUCACGGAGUCAGAAAAGAAAGAGGACAGAGAGUUCUUGUAUAAAAAGUGGUUCUGUGUCUGAAUCAACUGGUGCUGAAGAGAGAUCUGCAAAACCUACCAAGCUGGCUUCAAAAUCAGCCGCCUCAGCCAAAGCUGGGUGUAGCACCAUCACUGAUUCUUCUUCUGCUGCCUCUACUUCCUCCUCGUCUUCUGCUGUAGCUUCGGCCUCCUCCACUGUACCACCAGGUGCCAGGGUGAAACAAGGAAAAGACCAGAACAAGGCCAGGCAUUCCCGUUCAGCAUCCAGUCCCAGUCCCAGAAGAAGUAGCAGGGAAAAGGAACAGAGUAAAACUGGUGGCUCUUCAAAAUUUGAUUGGGCUGCUCGUUUCAGCCCUAAAGUUAGCCUUCCUAAAACAAAACUGUCUCUUCCAGGGUCUUCUAAGUCAGAGACAUCAAAACCUGGACCUUCUGGAUUACAGGCCAAAUUAGCAAGUUUAAGAAAAUCUACGAAGAAGCGCAGUGAAUCUCCACCUGCUGAGCUCCCCAGUUUGAGGCGGAGCACACGCCAAAAGACCACGGGCUCCUGUGCUAGUGCCAGUCGGCGGGGCUCUGGCCUGGGCAAAAGAGGAGCAGCUGAAGCUCGUCGCCAGGAGAAAAUGGCAGACCCUGAAAGCAACCAGGAGACAGUCAAUUCUUCAGCUGCACGGACAGACGAAACUCCCCAAGGAGCUGCAGCCUCUAGUUCUGUUGCAGGGGCUGUGGGCAUGACCACCUCUGGGGAGAGUGAAUCAGAUGAUUCCGAGAUGGGACGAUUACAAGCUCUGUUGGAGGCCAGGGGUCUUCCUCCUCACCUGUUUGGCCCUCUUGGUCCUCGGAUGUCACAACUUUUCCAUAGAACAAUUGGAAGUGGAGCUAGUUCUAAGGCCCAGCAGCUUCUGCAAGGACUACAAGCAAGUGAUGAAAGUCAGCAACUCCAGGCAGUUAUUGAAAUGUGUCAGUUAUUGGUCAUGGGAAAUGAGGAGACACUGGGAGGGUUUCCUGUCAAGAGUGUCGUUCCAGCUUUGAUAACAUUACUGCAGAUGGAGCAUAAUUUUGAUAUUAUGAACCAUGCUUGUCGAGCCUUAACAUACAUGAUGGAAGCCCUUCCUCGAUCAUCUGCUGUUGUAGUAGACGCAAUUCCUGUCUUUUUAGAAAAGCUACAAGUUAUUCAGUGUAUUGAUGUGGCAGAGCAAGCCUUGACUGCCUUGGAGAUGUUAUCACGUAGACACAGUAAAGCCAUUCUACAGGCGGGUGGUUUGGCAGACUGCUUGCUGUAUUUAGAGUUCUUCAGCAUAAAUGCCCAAAGAAAUGCACUAGCAAUUGCAGCCAAUUGCUGCCAGAGUAUCACACCGGAUGAAUUUCAUUUUGUGGCAGAUUCGCUUCCCUUGCUUACCCAAAGGCUAACCCAUCAGGACAAAAAGUCAGUAGAAAGCACUUGCCUUUGUUUUGCACGUCUAGUGGACAACUUCCAACAUGAGGAGAAUUUACUCCAGCAGGUUGCCUCCAAAGAUCUGCUUACAAAUGUUCAACAACUAUUGGUAGUGACUCCACCAAUUUUAAGUUCUGGGAUGUUUAUCAUGGUGGUCCGCAUGUUUUCUCUGAUGUGUUCCAACUGUCCAACUUUAGCUGUUCAACUUAUGAAGCAAAACAUUGCAGAAACGCUUCACUUCCUCCUGUGUGGUGCCUCCAAUGGAAGUUGUCAGGAACAGAUUGAUCUUGUUCCACGAAGUCCUCAAGAACUGUAUGAAUUGACUUCUCUGAUUUGUGAACUUAUGCCAUGUUUACCAAAAGAAGGCAUUUUUGCAGUUGAUACCAUGCUGAAGAAGGGAAACGCGCAGAACACAGAUGGUGCGAUCUGGCAGUGGCGUGAUGACCGAGGCCUUUGGCAUCCCUAUAACAGGAUUGACAGCCGGAUCAUUGAGCAAAUCAAUGAGGACACGGGAACAGCACGUGCCAUUCAGAGAAAACCUAACCCCUUAGCCAAUACUAACACUAGUGGAUAUUCAGAGUUAAAGAAGGAUGAUGCUCGAGCACAGCUUAUGAAAGAGGAUCCGGAACUGGCUAAGUCUUUUAUUAAGACGUUAUUUGGCGUUCUUUAUGAAGUGUAUAGUUCCUCAGCAGGACCUGCAGUCAGACAUAAGUGCCUUAGAGCAAUUCUUAGGAUAAUUUAUUUUGCGGAUGCCGAACUUCUGAAGGAUGUCCUGAAAAAUCAUGCUGUUUCAAGUCACAUUGCUUCCAUGCUAUCAAGCCAAGACCUGAAGAUAGUGGUUGGAGCACUUCAGAUGGCAGAAAUCUUAAUGCAGAAGUUACCUGAUAUUUUUAGUGUUUACUUCAGAAGAGAAGGUGUAAUGCAUCAAGUAAAACACUUAGCGGAAUCAGAGUCUUUGUUGACAAGUCCACCAAAGGCAUGUACAAAUGGGUCAGGAUCCUUGGGGUCCACAACGUCAGUCAGCAGUGGAACAGCCACGGCUGCCACGAAUGCCACGGCUGACUUGGGGUCCCCCAGCUUGCAGCACAGCAGGGAUGAUUCUUUAGAUCUGAGCCCUCAAGGUCGAUUAAGUGAUGUUCUAAAGAGAAAACGACUGCCAAAACGAGGGCCAAGAAGGCCAAAGUAUUCACCUCCAAGAGAUGAUGACAAAGUAGACAAUCAAGCUAAAAGCCCCACCACUACGCAGUCACCUAAAUCUUCUUUCCUGGCAAGCUUGAAUCCAAAAACGUGGGGACGGUUAAGCGCCCAGUCCAACAGCAACAACAUUGAACCGGCACGAACUGCAGGAGUUAGUGGUCUUGCCAGGGCUGCCUCAAAGGACACCAUAUCUAAUAAUAGAGAAAAAAUUAAAGGUUGGAUUAAGGAGCAGGCACAUAAAUUUGUAGAGCGUUAUUUCAGUUCUGAGAACAUGGAUGGAAGCAACCCUGCACUGAAUGUCCUUCAGAGACUUUGUGCUGCAACUGAACAACUCAACCUCCAGGUGGAUGGUGGAGCUGAGUGCCUUGUAGAAAUCCGUAGCAUAGUCUCAGAGUCAGAUGUUUCAUCAUUUGAAAUUCAACAUAGUGGAUUUGUGAAGCAGCUGUUGCUUUAUUUGACAUCUAAAAGUGAAAAGGAUGCUGUGAGCAGAGAGAUCAGAUUAAAGAGAUUCCUUCAUGUAUUUUUUUCUUCUCCACUUCCUGGAGAAGAGCCCAUUGGAAGAGUAGAACCGGUGGGUAAUGCACCUUUAUUGGCAUUAGUUCACAAGAUGAACAACUGCCUCAGCCAGAUGGAACAGUUUCCAGUCAAAGUGCAUGACUUCCCCAGUGGCAAUGGGACGGGAGGCAGCUUUUCUCUCAACAGAGGAUCACAGGCUUUAAAAUUUUUCAACACACAUCAGUUAAAAUGCCAGUUGCAAAGACAUCCAGACUGUGCGAAUGUGAAGCAGUGGAAGGGUGGACCUGUUAAGAUUGACCCCCUGGCUUUAGUACAAGCUAUCGAGAGAUACCUGGUAGUUAGAGGGUAUGGAAGAGUAAGAGAAGAUGAUGAAGACAGCGAUGAUGAUGGCUCUGAUGAGGAAAUUGACGAGUCUCUGGCUGCUCAGUUCUUAAAUUCAGGAAAUGUAAGACACAGACUACAAUUUUACAUUGGAGAACACUUGCUGCCGUAUAACAUGACUGUGUAUCAGGCAGUACGGCAGUUCAGUAUACAGGCUGAAGAUGAAAGGGAAUCCACGGAUGAUGAGAGCAAUCCUCUAGGAAGAGCUGGUAUUUGGACGAAGACGCAUACAAUAUGGUACAAACCCGUGAGAGAGGAUGAAGAAAGUAAUAAAGAUUGUGUUGGUGGUAAAAGAGGAAGAGCCCAAACAGCUCCAACAAAAACUUCCCCUAGAAAUGCAAAAAAGCAUGAUGAGUUAUGGCAUGAUGGAGUGUGCCCAUCAGUAUCAAAUCCUUUAGAAGUUUACCUCAUCCCCACACCACCUGAAAAUAUAACUUUUGAAGACCCGUCAUUAGAUGUGAUUCUUCUUUUAAGAGUUUUACAUGCCAUCAGUCGAUACUGGUAUUAUUUGUAUGAUAAUGCAGUGUGCAAGGAGAUUAUUCCAACUAGUGAAUUUAUUAACAGUAAGUUGACAGCAAAAGCAAAUAGGCAGCUUCAAGAUCCUUUAGUAAUCAUGACAGGAAACAUCCCAACAUGGCUUACUGAACUAGGAAAAACCUGCCCAUUUUUCUUCCCUUUUGAUACCCGGCAAAUGCUUUUUUAUGUAACUGCAUUUGAUCGGGACCGAGCAAUGCAAAGAUUACUUGAUACCAACCCAGAAAUCAACCAGUCUGAUUCUCAAGAUAGCAGAGUUGCACCUAGAUUGGAUAGAAAAAAACGUACUGUGAACAGAGAGGAGCUGCUGAAACAAGCGGAGUCUGUGAUGCAGGAUCUCGGCAGCUCACGGGCCAUGUUAGAAAUCCAGUAUGAAAAUGAGGUUGGUACAGGUCUUGGGCCUACACUGGAGUUUUAUGCACUUGUAUCUCAGGAACUACAGAGAGCUGACUUGGGUCUCUGGAGAGGUGAAGAAGUAACUCUUAGCAAUCCAAAAGGAAGCCAAGAAGGGACCAAGUAUAUUCAAAACCUCCAGGGCCUGUUUGCGCUUCCCUUCGGUAGGACAGCUAAGCCAGCUCAUAUCGCAAAGGUUAAGAUGAAGUUUCGCUUCUUAGGAAAAUUAAUGGCCAAGGCUAUCAUGGAUUUCAGACUGGUGGACCUUCCCCUUGGCUUACCCUUUUAUAAGUGGAUGCUACGGCAGGAAACUUCACUGACAUCACAUGAUUUGUUUGACAUUGACCCAGUUGUAGCCAGAUCAGUGUAUCACCUAGAAGACAUUGUCAGACAGAAGAAGAGACUUGAACAAGAUAAAUCCCAGACCAAAGAGAGUCUACAAUAUGCAUUAGAAACCCUGACGAUGAACGGCUGCUCAGUGGAAGAUCUAGGAUUGGAUUUCACUCUGCCAGGUUUUCCCAACAUCGAGCUGAAGAAAGGAGGAAAGGAUAUACCAGUCACUAUCCACAAUUUAGAGGAGUAUCUAAGACUGGUUAUAUUCUGGGCACUAAAUGAAGGCGUUUCCAGGCAAUUUGAUUCAUUCAGAGAUGGAUUUGAAUCAGUCUUCCCACUCAGUCAUCUUCAGUACUUCUACCCGGAAGAACUGGAUCAGCUCCUGUGUGGCAGUAAAGCAGACACUUGGGAUGCAAAGACACUGAUGGAAUGCUGCAGGCCAGAUCACGGUUAUACGCAUGACAGUCGGGCUGUCAAGUUCUUGUUUGAGAUUCUCAGUAGUUUUGAUAAUGAGCAACAGAGGUUAUUUCUCCAGUUUGUGACAGGUAGCCCAAGAUUGCCUGUUGGAGGCUUCCGGAGUUUGAAUCCACCUUUAACAAUUGUCCGGAAGACAUUCGAAUCAACAGAAAACCCAGAUGACUUCUUACCCUCUGUAAUGACGUGUGUGAACUAUCUUAAGUUGCCGGACUAUUCGAGCAUUGAGAUAAUGCGUGAAAAACUGUUGAUAGCAGCAAGGGAAGGGCAGCAGUCGUUCCAUCUUUCCUGAUCACAGCGAGAAUGCAGUGUCUGCUGAUAACAGCAAAAGAAGAAAAUCAUGAUUUCUUUUCUAAAUGUAUCACCUGAGUCAAGGAAACAUGUUACGCCUUCUUGUUGUAGGAAAAACGGCUUGCAGAUUAUAAAAGAGACACUUGGUUGAUAUUCAUUAAUGGCCCCAUGGACUUAAAGUGAUCAGGCCCUAAAACAUUGUUGUGAUGAGGUUUCUUUAGCAAGUUCUUGUUUAAGUUAUCAUUUAUUUGAUGAGUGAAGUUUUUAACUUGCUUUGCUGUGUGAAAUUUAAAAAAGGGAUGUUUUUCCAGGCUGAAACAAUAAAUGUCGCUGUGCAGUUUAAUUCUGGGCUGUGUGUAUCCAUCUAGCUAAGUCUGCAGAUUUGUUUCCUCCAAAGACAACUCUUGUACAUAAGUACAGAAAUUGAAGCUCACGUGUAUUUGACAAAUACAGUGUAGUAGGUUAGCUCCGUGUGCUUUUCACUUGCUCUAAUUUUCCCUCCCUGAUCCAUGUGUUGUCUGUGCAGUUCACACAGUUUAUUGUAUACAACACUCACAGUUGUUACGUUCUCGCUAGCCAUGGGUUUCUGUUGGUCCGUGUUCUCUCUCAAAUUAAGAUAUAAUUUAAAAUUCAUUGAAUUGAAAUAUAUUGUCAAUAUAAUUCAGCUGUAGUAACUAGGUAGACUUUUCUUGUAGCUUAGUUUUGACAUAGUUGUAGGGUAUUACUGGCCUUGUACCAGUGACACACUAGGACAGUUGACACAGUGAUUCUGGCAACAUCAGCCUCUGGAGUGGAGGCAAGGAAAGCUCAUUCAUUUCUUUUGUAUAGGUCACAAAGUCUACAGCAUGGGCUGGCCGGUAUUUAUUAUUUUAUGGCCAGAGCAUUUUGAUUUGAUUUAAAGUUUUAAACACAAUUAGCAGUUUUCAUUCCCUGUUGGAGUAAAAGAAUUGUUUUCUCCCUUGUUCUUGGUUUCAAGUUUUUGUUCAUCGUCUUUCUUUAUUCCAUUCUCCUCUCCCCCUCCUCCCAGCGCUAACUUGGGACAAACAGUUCAGCCUUCGCCUCGACACAGAUAAAAGCACCUGUAAGCAAUGCUCUGUCCACUUGUCUUAUGUGCUGAUUUCUCAAAUCUGCAAUAAUCCAUCAGGUUAAUGUUUUUACCUGAAAAUAAAAAAAAAUCUGCUUCACCUUUUUGUUUAUAGUUCUGUGCUGUAUGCAUCACUUUCAAUUGUGUAGAUGUAUUUCAGUGCAAGUAAAUCACCAUAUCACCAUGAUUUGAGUCAUGGCUGAUUUCAGUAUUCAAAGAAUUUGUAAUAGCAACUUGAAGAACAUAAAAUAUGGAAAGAAAAUGGGAGGAGAUUCCUUCCUUUCUAAGGUUCAAAAUUAAGCUUGUUGCAUAAAUUUGAGAGAAUUUCCAUAAUUCGUCUUUGAAAAUGAGAUGAGCUAAUUGUUUUUUUAUUGAACUUUGAGAAAUCAAUUUUCUUCUGUUUUCCUGACUGUUCCAAAGUCGUAUUUAUGUAGAAGCCCCUUGUUCCCUAUCCCACCAC